AUUUGCGCCUGCUGUCUCUCAUUUGCGCUCGGCCCUGCUGCAGUCUUUUGUGUUGUAAACAAAGUGUGUGUGCAGAGCAUAACACGGGCAGUAGGAGUCGCUAAAGCCGCUGAAAUUACAGACAAAUAGUAAGGUGUAUGUGUCUGGUUGAGAUGUCAAGUUACUAGCAGACAGCUCUCAGUUCUAAAAUACGAAUCAUUUUGUAAUUGCAUCGAGGAAUGAUUUAUCAUGGUCUGCAGCCACUGACGACUGCGCAUCUGGAUUUUAGCUCGCGAGCUGCWAGCAGAGAGCCCAGUGUUGCAGCCUCCGUCCUCUGCUCUGCAGUCAAUUACAUUUAAUAGCAGCUAGCCAGCUUAGCUAGCUGUCAGCGUUCAUCCUUCGCCAAAACGCAACGUUAGCCAAUGCGGCUGCUAACCUUAAAAGGUCCAGCGACAAUGUAAAUCACCAUGGGCCCAAAGAGACAGGAAUUGGCAGUGCCAGUGAUGGCCUCCCCGAUCCCUGUCUCCGUCCUCCUCCUGGUGGUUCUCCUAGCAGCUGAGUCACAUGUAUGCCAGGCAGGGGACUGCAAGGGCCACAGACAGGUGCUGAGGGGACCUCCGGGGUAUGUCACAGAUGGCCCCGGAAACUACUCUGUUAAUGGGAAUUGCGAGUGGCUUAUCAAAGCUCCUGGCAACAGUCACCACAUCGUUCUGAAUUUCACCUUUAUGGACACAGAGUGUACCUAUGACUACUUGUUUGUGUAUGAUGGUGACUCCUAUCAGAGCCCUCUGCUUGCCAGUCUAAGUGGCAAUUCAUUGCCUGAACCAAUCGAAGCAAAGUCUGGCAAGAUGCUUAUCCAUCUCUUCUCUGAUGCUAAUUACAACCUCCUGGGCUUUAACGCAACCUACACCUUCUCGCUUUGCCCUGGAGCUUGUGGCGGGCAUGGUCGCUGUGAUUCCACCACAUCAAAGUGCCACUGUCAUCAGGGUUGGGGGGGAGCAUCUUGUACAAGUCCUCUGUGCUCCCAGACUUGUUCCUUGAAUGGCCAAUGUGACAAGAAAGGAGAACGCUGUCAGUGUAAUCCAGGCUUCUUAGGCCACAGCUGCCAGCUUGGUCUUCAUGACGACAGUGGGGCGGGCCAGUGGUGGCRUGUGAGUGAAGGAAACCCACACACACCGUCGAGGACAGGUUCUGCUGGCGUGUACUUGUCCUCAACUGGAGCCAUGUAUUUAUUUGGUGGGUUUGAUCUGAACAUAGCGCUUGGUGACUUGAUCAAAUACAAUUUCACAUCCAAUCAAUGGGAAAGCAGAUCGUACGGCCAUUCUCCUUUGGCUCGUCAUUCGCACACAGCUGUGGAAUACAUGGGUAAUAUGGUUAUUUUUGGAGGGGAAUUGGCUAAUGGCUCCCUGGCCAGUGAUGUUUGGAUGUACCGGCCACUCCAAGAUGACUGGCAGCAGCUUGGAUUUUUCAAAACACGAGGUGCUCCUAAACUGGCUAAUCAUGCUGCAGCAGUCGUUGACAGUUAUCUCUACAUUUUCGGAGGGCGCACUGAGGAGGAUAUGUUUUCCUCGACUCUGUAUCGGUUUGGUUUGCACGGUUCAGGGCGGUGGGAAACUGUUCAGCCCACCGGUGGCAAACCCCCCGCAUCUGCUGGCCACUCCAUGGUGUUCCACAGCCCAUCCAGGACAUUAUUGGUCUAUGGAGGUCACAGGCCCACCACUGCGAGGUUUAGUGUGCGGGUCAACAACACUGACGUGUUCCAUGUGGACCGGCGGUUUUGGACUUCUUUCCGUUCCCGUUUCCCAGCAACUGGGCCCAGAGAGAGAGCUUUCCAUACAGCCACUGUCAUUGGAAACUACAUGGUGGUUUAUGGGGGGAAUGUUCAUAUUCACUACCAAGAGGAGAAAUGCUACGAUGAGGAAAUCUUUUUCUAUCAUUUGGGCUGCCACCAAUGGGUGUCGUCUGGGACAAGAUGGUCAUCCAAUGGCGAGGCUGUGAGGGGUCGGUACUCACACGUGGCUGCUGUGAUGGAGGGGCAAGUGCUGCUGGUAGCUGGUGGUUACAGUGGUGUGGCUCGUGGAGACCUUGUGGCUUAUAAAGUACCUCUGUUUGUUAGUAGUGAUCAAGGUGACAGGGAUGCUGUUUGUGCUGAGGCACUUGAUGAAAGUAUGUGCCUGAAGAACCCAGAGUGCAGCUGGUGUGAAGGCCGCUGUCGAGAAUACCAGCCAACCAACCCGUGUGGCAGCACUGGCUGCUUGGGCCUGGCUCGUUUCCUGUCAGACUGUCAGUCCUGCCUGGUGUUCAGUGGCACUCCAGCGUCYCUAGCCCGAGCCCCUGGUGAAUUUGGCUGGUGUGUUCAGAAUGAGUCCUGCUUACCAGUGUCAGAGCGAAGUGCGUGCCGUGUGGACCAGAUCUCAGGGGCGUACGGCUGGUGGGGGGAGCGUACCCUUUUCCUAACCUCCCUCCACUCCUGUCGCACCGAGAACUAUGUCCCGGGACUGCACCUGCUCACCUUCCAGCACCCCCGCAACGACUCCCAGCCUGACAAGGUGUCUAUACUCCGCAGUACCAACAUCAUUCUUAGUCCCACCACAGAAAUGGAUGUGGCUCUACAGUUCAAGGGCUUCAUCCACCCAUUAUGGGGGGGACCACCUCCUUCACCACCUCCUACAGAGACCGUCUUCAUGUGGGCUCGCAUUCAGAGGCUUCAUUUUGAGGCUAGGAUGGCAAUAGGACCCAACUCCACCCAUCAGGAGGUAGUUGGUCGCUGGGCAGCUCAGCAGGAAAAAGAGUUGAAACUGCUGGUUCGGCCAGAUGGAAGUAGACUCUUCUCUAACCUGACCAGAGGAAACCAUUACCUUGUUCAAGCUGAAGGCUAUCUUAACAACUCAGGUUCUGGGCAGACCAGUGAAAUGGCUCUAAUCUGGAACAGAACAUUACCUGGAGGGAGCGAGAUCUCGUUCCUGUUCCUGGAGCCCUACCGUUCAGGUUCCUGUUCUGGGUACAUGUCGUGUCUGGCCUGUCUGUCUGACCAGUCUUGUGGCUGGUGUCCAUCGUUGUCCCGUUGCUUGUUGCGGGACAUGCCAGACUUUGAACAUUGUCCUGAAACCGCAAAGGGUGAAGGUCAGCGCCACCUGCUGUUGGCACCACAACAUUGCACCCUGUGUGAAGAGUACAGAGAUUGUUCUGCAUGUACUCAGGACACUUUCUGUGAGUGGCAAAUAAAUUCCAGCAAGAAAGGAGACUAUCAGUGUAGCCGGCGGGGCAGAUUAGAGGGUUCCAUCCGUGAUUCAAAGUGGUGUCCCAAAGUGUGCAACCAGAGAAAAACAUGUGGCGAGUGCUURUCUAACUCCAGUCAGUGUGCAUGGUGUGAGUCAGCUCAGACCUGCUUCUAUUUUGCUGCCUAUCUCACAAAAUAUCCCUAUGGAGAAUGCAGGGACUGGUAUGACAGUGUGCACUCAGUUCCCCAGUGUAAGCAGUGUUCAGCUUUAAGCACGUGUACUGACUGUCUGAGAACAUUCCAGUGUGGCUGGUGUGGUGACUAUAACAACCCCACAAUUGGGAAAUGUUUAAGAGGAGACUGGGCUGGAGUAGAUGACCCUUCUGUAUACAACUGUAGUGUGGCUGUGGCUGAAGCUCAAGCUGCAAACCCUGAGCCACAGACCUCUGCUCCACCCAGACCCCUAGAAAUGGAGAUGGAGUUUGAGCACUUUGAUGAUGAAGAAAAAGAUGCAGUCUGGUCCUACUCCACUUGUCCUGAUGUAGAAGAAUGCAGGCUAGGUCUUCACAACUGUCACCCUUUUGCCACCUGCAUCAACACUCCCACCUCUUAUGAGUGCCACUGUGAGAGAGGGUACACAGGAGAUGGCACGCUGCACUGCAACCAAACUUGCUACAAUGAGUGUCGUGAGGGCCAGUGUAGCGGCAGCCCACGCUUUGAGUGCGAAUGUUCCCUGGGCUGGACCUCUGACCCUGCCACUCUGGUUCUGAGUGGAGUUGAGUGUGACGUAGACUGUGGCUGCAACUUCCACUCCACCUGCAUCACUGCUCCAGGGAUCUGUGAUGAAUGCCAGAAUUGGACCACAGGGCCUCACUGUGAACACUGCCGUCCAGGUAGCUUUGGCUCAGCCCURGCUGGAGGUGGCGGAUGUGUGCCUUGCGAGUGCAACGGACAUGGUGACCCACUGCAAGGUUACUGUCACAACCAGACAGGCCAGUGCUACUGCACUCACAACACUCAGGGACCGCACUGCGAGUCCUGCCUACCGGGCUACUACGGAGACCCAAGGAACAAUGGCACAUGCUACCGUCAGUGCAAUGGCCGCUCCGUCCUGCUCUCCUCCACCUCCUCCUCAGCCAUGCCCCUGUCCUCUUCUCUGGGGUGGCGCAGUGGCACAGAAGGGAAAGGAGGACUCUCUCACUGUCUGUGGGUCUUGUCUGUCACCGAAAACUUGGCACCUUGCCUGCCCAGACAGCUCUGCCCACCAAUAGCCCUUACUCUGCACCCAGACUCUCACACAUACUGCAAAAGCUCAUAUGUUUACGUGUUUGAUGGCAUCCCUCGUUUUCUGGGCAAUGGAGUUGUACAUUCUGAUCACAAUCUUAUUGGCGCAUUUUGUGGCACCACAAGGACUCAGCCUAUCACAGUACAGGCCACCUCAGGUGUGAUCUCAGUAUACUUUGAAGCCAACGUCUCCUCAAACAAACCACAAGGAUUCAAUGCGUCUUUCUGGGUACGGCGGUGUCAACAGAGCUCUGAUGAGGAUGAAGAGGGUUCGUCUGUGUGUUCUGGUAGAGCCCAGUGUCAGGGUGGAAUCUGUCAGUGUCCUCAGGGAUACAGGGGGCCACAUUGUGAUCGGCCCAUGUGUCCUCGGGGUUGUGGAGCAUCAGAAGGAAGAGGAGUUUGUAAUAUAUCUCUGGGGGUGUGUGUGUGCUCAGAGAGCUGGGCUGGCUCAGACUGCUCAGUUCCCCGAGACGCCAACAGCUUGAUUUGGGAGACGCUGUUAGACACUCAGCUGACAAUGAACCAGGCCCACAGGUUCCUCCACAGAAUGGGACACACUCUGGUGUCUGAGCCACAAGGAAACCUCUGGAUGUAUGGAGGACUUUCUUUGUCAGAGGGGAUUCUUGGAAAUGUUUACAGAUAUUCUGUGUUGGAGCGUCGUUGGACCCAAAUGUUGACCAGCUCUCUGGAUGAAGGUUCAACUCCCAGUGCUCGCUAUCACCACGCCGCAUCACUGCUGACCGGAUAUGAGCCUAGCUCUGGCACCCAUGAAGGUGGUCACAGCGUCAUGUUAGUCGUAGGUGGCGUCACUCAAAAAGGUGUGGCCAUGGAUACCUGGAGUCUCAAUCUUAGCAGCUUAGUCUGGAGAGAACAUAAGAGCUCAGUGCUGCCUCCGGUGGCAGGUCACACUUUAACUGUACGUCGAUACUCUUCAGUGCUGCUGAUUGGAGGUUACUCUCCUGAAAAUGGCUUCAAUCACAAUCUACUGGAGUUCAGCUCUCUAACUGGGAACUGGACAGUUGCCCCCCACACUGGCACACCACCUACAGGUUUAUAUGGCCACUCGGCAGUAUACCAUGAGCAGACUGAUGCCAUUUAUGUAUUUGGAGGCUAUCGCUUUCAUGUGGAGUCAGUGGAGCCAUCAGGCGAGCUUUACAGUCUGUAUUAUCCUAAUCUUACCUGGUCUCUCUUGGUUCCCUCACAGGGUAAUAAGCCCUUGCCCCGUUUCUUCCAUGCUGCUGCUUUGAUUAAAGAUACUAUGGUUGUUGUGGGUGGGAGGACGGAAGCAGAAGACUACAGUAACUCUGUGUCUCUGUACCAGAUCAACUGUAACACCUGGAUACAACCAGUCUCAGCCACAGGAAAUCCAGUAAAUCGCUCAGUGUCUCUUGCCAUGACGAGCUGGGGCGGUCGCCUUUUCCUGUCAGGUGGCUUCAAUGGGGUCACUCUAGGCAGGCUCCUAACUCUAACUGUGCCCUCUGACCCCUGUGCCCUGCUGCCUACACAAGACGCCUGCAACAGCACUACAGGAAGCUGCAUCUGGUGUAGAGGCACUUGUGCUUCUUCUGAUAUUGCUGAAAGAAUGGGUUGCUUCUCUGCGCAGUCCGCCUGUUCACCAACUCCUCGUCAACCAGAUCAGUGCCGCAGACUAAAGACCUGCAGCGAAUGCCUCGCAAGACACCCUAAAACAUUUUCCAGUCCAGCACAGCCUGCUUUACAGUGCAAGUGGUGCACAAACUGUCCAGAAGGGGCUUGUAUUAGCAGCUCUGUCAGUUGUACGUCUGAACACGACUGUCGGAUCAACCAGAGAGAGAUUUUCCUGUCCAGCAACUGCACUGAGACGAGCUGCGAGGCUUCUGACUGCCCCAAAUGUACCGCUUCUGGAAAAUGCAUGUGGACAAGGCAGUUCAAACGUACAGGCGAGACAAGGCGCAUCCUGAGUGUAAGCCCCACUUACGACUGGACCUGUUUUAGCUACGCUCUGCUCAACGUCUCACCCAUGCAGGUGGAGUCAUCUCCCCCUCUGCCAUGCCCUCCACCCUGCCACAGUCUCCACAACUGCACCCUCUGUCUGGGCUCUAGAGGCUCUGAUGGGGGCUGGCAGCACUGUGUUUGGAGUAUGGCUUUGCAAAAGUGCAUGAGCCCAUCCUUCGUGCCCCUUCGCUGUGAAGCUGGUCAGUGUGGUCGGCUGCUCUCUGGGGGGGACUUCUGCUCUCCCAACUGCUCCCAGCUCACCCAGUGUUCCCAAUGCAUUGCCMGGCCUCAGUGUGGCUGGUGUGCUUCAAGGGGGGCCAACGGGGCUGGUCACUGUUUACAAGGAGGACUUGAUGGUGUGAGUGAGGGUAUUUGCCCCUUAAAAAACAGCAGCUGGUCUUUUCUCCAUUGUCCAGAGGAGGAUGAGUGUGAUAAUGGCCAUCAUAACUGUAACAGCACUCAGGACUGCCAUGACCUACCUGAGGGAUACCACUGUACCUGCAAACAUGGUUAUGUACUCAGCAGUGUUUCUGGUCAGUGUGAGCCAGUGUGUGCACAAGGUUGUGUGAAUGGAACAUGUGUGUCCCCUGGAGUGUGCCAGUGUCACUUUGGUUUUGUUGGAGACAACUGCUCCUCUCAAUGCAGCUGCAACAAGCAUAGCAACUGCGCUGGUGUAAACAAGCCAGACGUUUGUCUCAAGUGCCAUAAUAACACCAUAGGUAAACAUUGCGAGAAGUGUAAGCCUCUGUUUGUGGGAUCUGCUAAAGGCGGUGGUACUUGUCGUCCAUGUCGAGACUUUUGCAAAGGAAACAGUGUUGUGUGUUUGUCUCGGGAUGAACAUAAUAAGGCCCUUGAUAACCCCCGUCUGUUCCCUCUGGAUCCCAGCAGUAUUCAAAACUGGGUGUCUGAGGGUCCCACUGAAGAAAACGCUGUGUGUGUGAACUGCCAGAACAAUAGUGUUGGGGACAAGUGCGAGAGCUGCCUUAUUGGCUAUUUCCUACUGCAGGGGAAAUGUGAGAAAUGUCAAUGUAAUGGCCAUGCAGACAGAUGUAAUGAACAUGAUGGGACAAACUGCCCCUGUCAAAACAACACAGAGACCUCAUCGUGCCUCAGUAGCCCUCCGAAUGAUAGAAAAGACUGCUACAGGCACCAGUGUGCCAAGUGCAAAGACUCCUUCAAUGGCAACCCAGUGAACGGGCAUCAGUGCUACCGUCAGUUUAAUGUGGACACAGAGUACUGUUUCGAUCCCACAUCCCAAACAAACUGUUUCCACGACCCCACCAUUCGCAACCUGCCCAAGGGUCGCACCGUGUUCUUUGCCGCUCAGCCAAAGUUUACGAACGUGGACAUCCGGGUCACCAUUGAUGUUACCUUUGGAGAAGUGGAAGUGUAUGUGUCUAACUCACACGACACCUUCAUUGUUGACGUGAACAGCUACACAGGAAUCCACACUAUCAAAAUAGACGAGGAAUCUGUCAGAAGCGGGGCAACUGCAGCCGAUAAGGAUUCUCCUCCAUCUCCUAUUAAAGUGUUUGCCAAUGGUUCGUCUAAUCUGGGAGGUCCCAUGCUCUCCCAGAACCCACUGCAGCUGCAGGCCAAACCUCCAGGACCAGAAAGAGAGAUCAGAGAGGAGCGAGCUGAAGGACUCAUCUCCUACAUAACUGUGUUGAAACCACAGACGGUACUGAUUGUCCGAGGAGUUCGGGAUCGUGUGGUCAUCACGUUCCCUCAUGAGGUGCACUCCCUGAAAUCUAGCCGCUUCUACAUCGCCGUUAGAGGCGUGGGAACCGAUGAAAGACAGGGCGAGUCCCAGGGCCUGCUGUUUCUGCGUCAAGACCAAGCCCACAUUGAUCUCUUUGUCUUUUUCUCCGUUUUCUUCUCCUGCUUUUUCCUCUUCUUGUCGGUCUGUGUUCUCCUGUGGAAGGUUAAGCAGUUCCUGGACUUCCGUCGAGAGCAGCGUCGCCACAUUCAAGAGAUGACUAAAAUGGCAUCCAGACCAUUUGCUAAACUUGCCAUAUACCUUGAGCCGGAGGAACCUCAGCUCAUCUACCUUCCUUCGACUGGCGGAGGGGUGGGAGGCAGCACCGUAUCUCUUGCUCAUGCCCGCACAGGGAAGUUAGGUGGAGUAGUCGUGGGGCAGAGAGGAAGAGCAGGACCAGUCUCCUAUAAACAUGACCCAAGCUCUGGACCCACAGCCCACCUGCACCACCAUCACCACCUCACCUUGAGCGCAGGAGGGAACAGUGGACAGCACCUACCACUGCACUACUUGAACACUCAUCACUACGCCAGCACUACAGCCGGAACCCAGGCCUCCCUUCAUCACCAUCCAUCCACAUAUUCUGGCUACCAGCACUUCUGUCGCUCUGACCCUUUCCUAUCACAGCUCAUGGGCUUUUCCUAUUCCUCCUUUAAGGUGGGGCCCAUCACCCUCGAGCCCACAGAAGACGGCAUGGCUGGGGUGGCCACCGUCCUGUUCCAGCUGCCCGGGGGUGUCUUGGCUCCAAACCGUGCCUGUUUGGGCUCUGCGCUGGUCACUCUGCGCCAAAACCUGCAGGAAUACUGUGGUCAUGGCAGUGGAGGGGGGCAUCCAGGGGUGGGUGCAGGGCGCAAAGGGCUGUUAGGACAUCAGCACCUGACAACUAUGGCUAUGUAGGAACACAAGCAGCAGAAAAGUAUAAAAUAUUGCAGAGAUGUAAAGUGUUAAAAUAAUAGGAAAUAAUUUUUGAAAGAAAUUUAACAAAAUUUWAAAAAAAAAGACAGAGCCCAAAAGAACUAGUUACUGUACAUUCAGUCAGUGACCGUGACAUUUUUCAACAUAAAUGUACAUACACUGUAUGACGAGAAAACACUCUUUUAWUGUAUGAUGUAUUGCUAAACUGUAUUCCAGUGCUUCACACGACCARUUCAGCUGUCCUUAGAAUGAACUACAGUAAUCGACAAAACAAAUGCAGAUAUUGCCCGCUCAUUAAAGAAGUAGGAGAGCACUACAGCAGGACUCAUUAAGAAUAUAGKCGCUAAAAAAGAAACAAUGUUGCGUGCUUUGAAACCAACAUGUGCUUUACACCCAAAAAAAGUGACAAACAAUCAAGAAUGCUAUUGAAAAUAGUCGACUUUAAAACAUAAUUCGCAAACUGUKGAUUGACUGUCAGCGCAGUGCAGGAAAAACAAACUCAGUGUUGCUUGUGAGAUGGUUUUAUAUCAGUCAAUAUUAGUGAUUUAUAAUUGUAACUCARUAUAUGGCUGGCUUCAAAGCUACGUUUCGGUUAUAAAGACUCUUGAUUA